AUGUCGCUCUUACAUGCUCUUCGCCAUGACAUCAAGCCCAUUGCAUCGUCUGGCGUACCCCGUGAGCUAGACCUAACUCCCACAAUCCCAGCCGAAUAUAUUCCAGAAGUGCAGGUUUCUAUAGAAGAUAACUUGACGCCUAGAGAUGGCCAGCCUGUAUUUGAACGGGCGCUGCCCAGUCGGACGACCAAAUCACGUCAAGUGGUCAUUACUGUACUGCUUAUUCUGGCUAAUGUUGUACAGAUGACAGUCAAUUUUGCCGGCGUUGCUGGAGGAAGCGCCUUGAGUGAAUCAUUGGGUGUGAAAGAAACCUACGCCUCGUGGAUUGCUGCUAGCUAUGCUCUAACCCAAGGUACAUUUGUGUUGGUUAGUGGUCGAUUGGGAGAUGUCUAUGGUCAUCGAGAACUCGUCUUAGCUGGAGGUGCCUGGCUCACCAUAUGCACUCUAGCCAGUGCCUUUUGCAACAACUUCUUUGCCUUUGUCACUAUGCGGGCUCUAGCUGGUCUCGGAGGGGCAUUCGUCAUGCCUAACGCGGUGGCAAUGAUAUCCAGCACCAAUCCCCCCGGUCGCGUGCGCAAUCUCAGUCUGGGUCUCUUUGGUGCGUCAGCACCAGUAGGAGGAUAUUUUGGGGCCUUGUUCUUGGGUGCUUUUCUGCAGCGAACAGAAUGGAAGUGGUUUUUCAUCUUCAUUGCUUGCCUUGGUGUUAUUACAUUCACCCCUCUCUGGGCUUUGAGUCCGCGAGCACCGCCGGUCGAUAGACAUGGAAAGAUUGAUUGUAUUGGGACAGCUCUUGGAACAAGCUCAUUAAUUCUGUUCAACUUUGUUUGGAACCAAGCACCGAGUGUGGGUUGGUCAACCUCCUAUGAAAUCGUUCUCCUGAUCGGCUCAAUCAUUCUAUUCGGGGGUUUUUUGUUUUGGGAAAGGAACUACGCAACGGAGCCCAUCAUGCCACUUGACAUCUUCAAAGCUCCGUCCUUCCUCAUGCUACUUUUCGUCGUGCUUCUCAAUUACAUGGCUGUAGGAACUUUGAUUUGGUACCAGGUCCUAUGGCUUCAAAAGGUCUGGCACUGGUCUCCUCUCCAAUUUGCUGUGGGCUGGACCCCAUUCGUGAUCUGCGCCACGGGCGCUGCCUGUCUCGCAGCAUGGAUGAUCCCGCGAAUGGCAGCACAAUGGAUCCUGGCAAUUGGAACCGUCACGAUCUUAAUUUCUAAUGUACUCAUGGCAACCGUGCCAAUUUACCAAUCCUACUGGCCGCAGAUCUUUCCUUCGGUGAUUCUAUUCGCAUUCUGCCCGGACUUCGUGUACACAGCUGGCCAAAUUAUUGCCAGUAACUCUGUCCGCCGUAAUCAGCAGGGAAUUGCCGGGUCUGUCAUUGGCACACUGAAUCUAUACGGGAAUAGUCUCGGACUAGGAUUUGCAUCUACUAUCGAGGUGCAAAUUGCUCGCCGCUCAGGUAGUCAAAUCAUGGGGUAUCGAGCGGCACUUUACUUCGGUGUUGCGAUUAGUGCCGUGGCGCUUAUCCUCGAUGUCUGCUUCGUCCGAUUGGUUAAGGAUGAUCGGGAAGGCUGGCAUGAAGAUGACCGCGUGGAGGAAAUUGAGCUGACGGAGCAAGCCGAAGCAAGCGGUGUCCAUCUACCUAAUGUAAGCCAUUAA